CAAAUCGACGACUACUGUUGUUUUGUUGAAAUAGAAUAAUCGAUGUAUCCAAUGUCAUCUUUCUGUAGUGAAACUCUGAGAUAAAGGUGUCACAUUAUGAAGAAUGACCUUAUUGUUUGAAAAUCUACAGAAAGUAGUUCCUCUCAACAGAAUACGUCUAAAAUCACAGAUCAACAUUUUACGCAAGUUGUUUGGGGUCGAGUCGUACGAUUUGUCUGUUACUUGUUUAACUAGCCAGGAAAUCGCCAAAAUAAAUGCCCAGUAUCGAGGAAAGAAAGAACCAACUGAUGUUUUAGCGUUUCCGUUUUACGAGAACCUUGUCCCGGGGAGACUUCCGACUUCACAAGAGCACGGUGUGUUAGAUUUGGGCGAUAUUUAUUUGGGAAUUCCGUACAUUUAUCAUCAGUGUAAAAGUAACAACCAAAACCUACAGGAAGUUCUGCCUGUCAUGGUAACUCAUGGGAUCUGUCAUCUGAUUGGCUAUGAUCAUGAGACAGAAAAGCAGUAUAAAGAAAUGUAUUCCAAAGAGUCUUUGAUCUUGACCGAAUUCAACAAGACCACAGGAUUCAAUUGUGCUCCUUUACUUCAAGUUGGUCAUUAUUUAAAAGAGUGAAUUAUUUGGAAUAAUUUAGUCUUCUUAUAAAUAAGUGUACAUAUAUUAUGAACAUUGUCAAUUUUUUGACAA